AUGCUUCGUGACAAUCUUGAACGGCUACUAGCCGAUGAUCCCUACAACGAGCGACGUAUUUUCAUUUUGACAUGUGUGCACGAUGCCAUCUACUAUCUUCGGCACGGACCUCAUCGUCGCAACGAUGUCAUUGCCACCCUAGAGGACAAUGCUGCCGAAAUGGCUAUCGCUAUUUCAAGUGCGGUUGUGGAACGUGAUCCCCAGUUUGAGCGGUUGUGCCGUAACCUUGAGCUUAUGCUGCCCGUCUCGAUCAGGAUUCUCAGCAAGCAUAACGACCGGGAGACUGACAAAGACGUUGCUGAUGAUCUUAUCAGCUGCAUCCCCAGCAUUCUGCAACAACCCAUGAAAUGGGAACCCGAUGCCGAAGAUAUUUCUGACGAGGAUGAGUUUGAGGAGCAAAACAGUCGUCAUCAUCAUCAUCACAGAUAG